CCAAAGAUAAAAGUACUUUCUUUGUGAUUUGUUUUGGCCUUUUAGUUUGCCCGGAUAUUGUUCCCUUUUUUGUUCCACUUGAAGAUUCACAAACACAAACUGAGGAGAUUUAUAAAGAUGGCGACACUAGUUGACAUAGGGGUUGCGGCAGGCAUAAAUCUGCUAAGUGCUUUUGUAUUCUUCAUCGCGUUUGCCAUAUUAAGGCUUCAACCUUUCAACGAUAGGGUUUAUUUUCCGAAAUGGUAUCUCAAGGGUUUAAGAAGCAGUCCUUCGAGGUCUGGAGCAUUUGUGAAGAAAUUCGUCAAUUUGGACUUCCGUUCCUACUUGAGGUUCUUGAAUUGGAUGCCAGAGGCUCUCAAAAUGCCAGAACUUGAGCUCAUCGAUCAUGCCGGAUUGGAUUCAGCAGUUUAUUUGCGUAUCUAUUUGAUUGGCCUAAAGAUUUUUGUACCUAUCACGUUCCUUGCAUGGACAAUCCUAGUGCCGGUUAAUUACACUAAUAACACAUUGGAGCUGCAACUGAAGAAUGUUACUUCAAGUAAUAUUGAUAAGCUCUCAAUUUCAAACGUUCCAGAUGGAUCAGAUAGGUUUUGGACUCAUAUUGUAAUGGCUUAUGCUUUUACGUUUUGGACAUGCUUUGUGUUACUAAAGGAGUAUGAAAAAGUUGCGAAUAUGCGGUUGCAAUUUCUUGCGUCAGAAAAACGCCGGCCAGAUCAAUUUACUGUGCUUGUUAGAAAUGUACCACCGGAUCCAGAUGAAUCUGUUAGUGAGUCUGUGGAGCAUUUUUUCCUGGUCAAUCACCCAGAUACCUAUCUUACACAUCAGGUAGUAUGCAAUGCAAACAAGCUUGCGAAGUUGGUGAAAAAGAAGAAAAGUAUGCAGAAUUGGCUUGAUUAUUAUCAGUUGAAGUAUUCCAGAAAUAAUGCAAAAAGGCCUCUUAUGAAGACUGGUUUUCUUGGGCUCUGGGGUCAACAAGUGGAUGCAAUUGAUCAUCACAUAUCUGAAAUUGAGAAGUUAUCCAAUGAAAUAGCUGAAGAGAGGGAAAGGGUCCUAAAAGACCCAAAAGCCAUAAUGCCCGCAGCAUUUGUUUCCUUUAAGUCUCGAUGGGGUGCAGCUGUUUGUGCUCAAACCCAACAAACCAGGAAUCCAACUUUGAUGUUAACAGACUGGGCACCUGAGCCACGGGAUGUAUACUGGCAAAACUUGGCAAUUCCAUACGUCUCUAUCGCUGUUAGGAGGCUAAUCAUGGCUGUAGCAUUUUUCUUCCUGACUUUCUUCUUCAUUAUCCCGAUUGCAUCCGUACAAGCUAUGGCCACUAUUGAGGGCCUUGAGAAAGCAUUGCCAUUCCUGAAGCCCCUAAUUGAAAUAAAAUUUAUUAAAUCAGUUAUCCAAGGUUUUCUACCUGGUAUUGUAUUGAAGCUCUUUCUCAUAUUUCUGCCAACUGUAUUGAUGAUUAUGUCCAAGUUUGAAGGGUUCACAUCAAUUUCAUCAUUAGAAAGGAGAUCGGCAACUAGAUACUAUCUUUUCAAUGUAGUGAACGUAUUCCUUUGCAGUGUAAUUGCUGGCAGUGCAAUGGACCAGCUAGACACAUUUCUUAAGCAGUCGGCAAAUGAAAUUCCUAAAACAAUUGGUGUGGCUGUACCAAUGAGAGCGACUUUUUUUAUUACUUACAUCAUGGUUGAUGGAUGGGCUGGAAUAGCAGCAGAGAUUUUGAUGCUGAAACCGCUUAUAUUUUACCACUUGAAGAACUUUUUCUUGGUGAAAACAGAAAAGGACAGGGAGGAGGCAAUGGAUCCAGGAAGUUUGGGCUUCAACACUGGAGAACCUCGUAUACAACUCUAUUUUUUACUUGGCAUGGUUUAUGCUACUGUGACACCUGCUCUACUUCCUUUCAUUGUAGUUUUCUUCGGGCUAGCUUAUGUUGUCUUCCGUCACCAGAUCAUUAAUGUUUACAAUCAAAAGUAUGAAAGUGCUGCAGCAUUCUGGCCUGAUGUCCAUGGACGCAUUAUAAUUGCUUUGCUCAUCUCACAUAUCGCUCUCAUUGGAUUGUUAAGUACAAAGCAUUUGGCUCAGUCAGCACCACUUCUCAUUGCACUUGCUGUCCUCACAAUCUGGUUUUACAGAUUCUGCAAAGCCCGAUAUGAACCUGCUUUUGUCAGACUCCCUUUGCAGGAAGCAAUGAUGAAAGAUACUUUGGAACGUGCAAGGGAGCCUACCUUCAAUUUGAAACCCUAUCUUCAAAAUGCAUAUAUCCAUCCAGUUUUCAAAGACAACGACGAUGAAGAGGAGGUAUUUAGCAAUAAGCUAGAAGACGAGAGUGUGUUAGUACCCACCAAACGCCAAUCUCGAAGGAACACACCGGUGCCUAGCAAAAUUAGUGGUGCGUCCUCACCAUCCUUACCAGAGACUGUUCCUGAACAUUCAAUACCCUAAAUUAGGUAACAACUGCGAACCGGUUUUGCCACUAUACCGUUAUGUUCGACUCUUAGCAAAAACCAUGCAGCGUAAAGGAUGGAACUGUAAAACAAAAUACUCUGUAAAUUAAAUGAACAAACUCUACAGCUGUUGUAGGUUUUUUGUUUGCAAGGAAGUUCUUGUACAUGGGAUUGGUAUAUCCCAUGAUAGUUUGACUGAGAAGCUUGGCAAUGUGAAGGGGGAGGUCUGAUAAGAAACUUGUGAUAUUUUUAUACAAUUUUUUUAGUGUACAGCUGUUGUAUGCUUUUUGUUUGCAAGGAAGCUCUUGUACAUGGGAUUGGUAUAUCCCAUGAUAGUUUGACUGAGAAGCUUGGCAAUGUGAAGGGGGAGGUCUGAUAAGAAACUUGUGAUAUUUUGAGAAGCUUGGCAAUGUGAAGGGGGAGGUCUGAUAAGAAACUUGUGAUAUUUUUAUACAAUUUUUUUAGUGUAAGAACUCUGUUAUUGUAAUGCUCUUUUUUAUUCUUUUUUCU